AUGUUAGUGAAAAUAAGUCAGACUUUGGACUUUGAUGAAGCGGAAUGCCCAUAUAUUGAUGUUGAUGGGACCCUUAGGUUCUUACAUCCGCAAUUAUCACCUCUCUUUCGUAGAUGGCGCGGAAUGCCGGAUAAUCGUGCUUUGAACGACGAUAACAGAGCAGUAUUCGGCCCUCGGCUGUCCAUUGAACGUACUGCUAUAUUCACUUUAUUGAAUCAGCUGUGCAGUGAUAAUGCUGAGUAUUUCUCCAAAGUUACUUCAUGGUCUGGUUACAGCGAACGGAUGGUCAAUGUAUCGAGCAAGAUACAAUAUUGUUCAGGAACGCUGAGAGAUAUAGUGUCGCGGCUGCAGAAUAUUGCACCAAAUUAUGACUACGAUGAACAUACUCCAGGAAACGGAUUCAGGUCAUUGGUCUGCAUUUGCGACACGACAGUACUGCAUCUUGUCUCACUGCAGAAGACCGUCACUGAACAACGGGGAUCAUUCGUUUUUCGCCUAGCGCACUAUUGUAAAGAGUUGGAAGCUUUCGCAAAAGUUGUUGAUUUCCUCAAUGUUUCGUUACCAUUGUGCAUAGAAAACUACAUGUCGAUGCCGUCGGGAUCACUGUUUCCUCCACUACAAGGGAGUUAUGACAAGUAUUAUGAAAUUUUACGGGACUUCGAGAAACUCGAUUCGACAUGCUUUUAUGGUCGACCAUUAGGCUUUCAAUGUAUGUUUCAGUUUUCUCCUUCUGUCAAUAGGAUAUUCCGCGUGAUCGGUAUCGUACUAGCUUCAUACAGCUUGUCAUGGGAAAAAGGCCAUGGACCAAUUGGUUCAAUUAUUAAUACCGGGCGAUUUUUUCUAAGUCCAGAACAGAGAGCGUCACGAAUAAUUAAGGCUAGUACUAGUAUUUUGUUUAACCAUUUUCUUUCUUUGAGAAAGAAUCUCAUUUUAAGGGAGAUGAUGCUGCGGAUGAUCCUUCAAAUUGAAUCUCCUACUUGUGUUGAAUUAGAGGAUUUCUUUAAAGCUCUUUGGCAGCAUAGUUCACUGCGGUUUGCAGUACCACUCUUUCAGAACAUGCCAAAAUGGUUUAGUCCUAACAUGGCAAUCAAUGAGCUACGAGAAAUUAAUUGGGUAGGUCCAAUUACGCUCGAGAGUACCCGCGGAGGGAAAGUCCGAAUACCUGAACCAUCAGCUCAUACAGGACCUCGUCCAGUGCAAAUACGUGUGCUGUCUUCGGUACAUCGGCCUCACAUGUCUCCUGCGAGUAGUUCAAACCAACAACCACCUUCUCCAUACAUAGUUUUUCAUUGUCAUGGUGGCGGAUACGUUGCUACUUCUAGCAAAUCCCACGAAACUUACCUUCGAGUAUGGGCGAAGCUGCUUAAUUGCACUGUGGUUUCUGUCGAAUACUCGUUGGCUCCGGCCAAUCCUUUUCCGCGACCAACAGAAGAAGUCAUAUUCGCAUAUGCAUGGAUCAAUAACAAUCCACAUCUAGUUGGUGGAUAUUUCAAAGUUGCAGCUUAUACUGGAGCUUAUCCAAACGGUAAAAAAUUGGCAGAGAGCACCGAACAUUCUGCCCAUAAGUCCUUACAAGAAUACGUCGACCAGGUGCAAAAAUCACAACCGUUUGAUUUCGCCGGUGGUUCUCAAUCGAUUGUGUCACUUGUACAAAAUGUGAAUGAUCCCAAUCAAGUAAAGCCGUUUGAAGCAGGUUCUUUUUUUCCUGAAAAAGAAAAAGCACAAGAGAUGGAGCAGGAAGACGGGCAAAGUAGCGAUGAUGACGACGAUACAGGGAGUAUAAGUAGUGUUCACAUCGGAUCUGAUCCUUUGCACAUACAGUUGUCAUCUACAAUUUUCGACAGCGAUCUUCUGAACUACCUUGUCAAACACCCUACAACAAAGAAUUCACUCGUCAUGGUUGAUGAAAACGGUGGCGUUAUCAGGGAUCAAGGAAUAUUGGCCAUGAAUCCAGACGUGUCAAAAGAGAAGGAUAAGAAACGUCUAGGACUUUUGAGCAGUGCAGGUGGCAUGAUCUCUGACACAGUACCGAGCACGCCGUGUGAAGACCGUCAAGGAAUUUCCAGUAGUAUCUCAUCGAACAACUUUCAGAACCAGCCGUCCCAGAUUCAUAAGCGAUCUCUUUCGCAAAGUCUUGCGGACACAGCAGUUUUGGCGGCUGGACAUGCUUUCGAUAAUUUGCAAGACUGGCUUGAGAAACCUACUAAAGAAAAGCAAAAAUUGGACAGAACGGUAUCACACAGUGACGAUGUUGAUUCAGAGAAGCCAUGUACACGUAGAUCGUUCGUUCUGGAUCUUCUCGAUAACAGCACGGUUCCACGUGAUCCAUUAAUCUCUCCGAUGUAUGCUGCGGAUGAAGUCAUUCGACAGCUUCCUCCUGUAUACUUUAUCGCUUGUCAUCUUGAUCCGCUUCUGGAUGACACAAUUGCGUUUGCGUCACGGCUGCAGGCUGCUGGAGGUCGCGUAGGAUCUGUGGAUAUUCUACCAGCCAUUCCUCACGGUUUCCUUAACUUCACACUUGUGUCUCCUGAGUGUCGACGUGGUGCCAAGAUUUGUCUGGAAAGAAUUAAACAAGCGCUGGGAUAUGUAGAGAGUGCUACUGUAUAA